GCUUUUCCGGGCGCCACGAGAGGCCAGCCCCGCCCAACUGAUCGCUGAUUCGAUCGCCCGCCUCAAGGCCAAGCAGAUUCCGGAACUGACGUCCGAGGCGGAAGCCGCAGGCCGGGCGGGAGAGGCUACUUCGGAGGAGACAUUUGGACAUACGGGACUCAAGGAGGCUAACAAUAAAUAUAAAAACGAUGCAAAUCUCGGAAUUGUAACAACCUGCUGCUCUGCUAAGUGACCUUGGAUUUUGCACGCAGCCCUUAUCUCCUGGUUGGAGCUGAGUUCCUGCAAAACUGAAGAAUUUUCUGUGUUGUCUCCUGUCUGGAAAGGACCCAUGAACAUCGGAGACUCAUGGUUUUAAAAACCCAUCAGAUACUUUGCCAGAAAACAGUAUGGCAACUCCGAACUCCACAUCGUUGCAAGAUUUGAUUCGGGAAGACUUCUUGACUUGCAAAAUCUGCUAUGACCUGUAUGUGGUGCCCAAGAUCCUGCCCUGCCUGCAUAGCUAUUGCCUUGGGUGCCUUGAUCCCCUCAUGGAGAAUGGGAUUGUGCAGUGUCCUGAGUGCCGCCUGCAGAUAGAUGUCCCAGGAGGUGCUACAAGCCUAAAAACCAACUUCUUCAUCAAUGGUCUCUUGGAGCUCUUUCAGAUGAAGUGCAACAAGGACAUCAAAUGCACAAUCUGCUCAAAUGUUCAGAAAGUAGUGGCUGCCAUCUCCCGCUGCUUGGAUUGCAAGGAUUUUUUGUGCCAGAUGUGUUCCCAGGGCCAUUGCUGCUCUCGCCUUACUUUGCACCAUAAGGUGGUGAACCUGGAAGAAUUCCUCGCUGGGAAUUAUGAUAGUGAGGUAAGAUUCUUACAAGAGUUGUACUGCCAGAGCCACCCCCAGGAGGCGCUCCACUUCUUCUGUGACACCUGCAGCGUUCCCAUCUGCAGGGAUUGUCGCAUGCUGGACCAUUUCCAGCACAAAGUGGUCUCCAUGGCUAGUGCUGUGCAGCGAGAACGGCCCUCAGUGGAGCAGCUGAUUAGGAACCUUCAGGAAACCAUUACUUCCAUCUCUGAGCAAGAAAAGGCUGUGGAGGAAGCGAUGCACAAACUGAAGGCAGAAGGGGAAUGCAUCAGAGAUCAAAUUUGCAACUACGUGGACGAUAUCAUGACUUACAUCUUUGCCCAGAAGGAGUCUGCUUUGGCUAAACUGAACGGCUUCCUGACUGGACAGAUGGAACAGUUUUGCCUUUCUCAGAAGGAGUUGCAACUCCAGAAGGACAAAGCAACGAGUACUCAGGAGUUUUCUCAGCGAAUUCUCUGUGUUGGAAAGGACUAUGAGAUCCUCUAUUUGGAAGGGAUGAUCAGGAGUAGGGUUGAGGAGCUUCAGGCUUACAGACCGCAACAACUCCAGAGCCAGAGCCCGGAACUGUCAAUUGCUUGGGAUGAGCCCCAACAACUUUCUAAAGCCCCUCUUUUUAGUUUUGUGUUUCCUGGGGAACUAUCCAGGGGAGAUGAACCACAUUUGGAGCCAGGCAAUGAGUCAUUUGCUUCUCUUGGUGAUGAGAGUGGGGAGGUUACAGCAUCUCUUUCAGAUUCUGAUGAAAACUCCUCAAGUGUGUCUGAUUCCUCCACAGAAAGCUCCUCUUACGCCGAUAGCCAAGCAAAGGCAGAGUAUAAUUAUAGCUUUGAAGGGGAUCCAUCCUACACCAAAGAAAAGCCUAACAUUACAGGUAUUGCUGUUGUGCCACACACUGGCCAAGUUCUCCUUUUGGAUCAGGCAAAUGAUGAGAUCAAGCAGUACAGCUCUUAUGGUCAGUUUGAAGGAGUGAUUACUUUGCCCUCUUCUAAUUCUGCUUUCUGUGGCAUCUCUGUAUGUGGUAAGAGCCUGGCCUGUUCCUCAGAGUCUCAUCUUUUUUUCCUCACGCUUGAUGGCCUUUUCCUACGUAAAUUGCAGAUGAGAGGCUCAGAAUCAUCCUAUGCCCUGGCCUCCUACCAAGACUCUUAUGUGGCUGUUAGUGAGGGGACUCUCUGUUCCAUCUCUUUGUACAGCCCAUCUGGCUGGUGUGUUGGCAGAGUUCAGCCAAACAAUUACCAUGGGGGGAAGUUUCUGUUCAUUGCUGUAAGUAGCUGGGAGGAAUUUGUUGUCUCAGACUUCAUCAAAAAACAAAUUGUGAUCAUGCAGAAAUCUGGCCUGGUUUUGAAUGUGCUGCAAACCUCGACUUCAUUGCUGACCAAGCCAUUCAGUGUCUGUGUUGAUGAAGACCGGAACCUUUUUGUGGUUGAUCAGUUCAAGGUGAUACAGUUCUCUCCAGAUGACGAGACUGGUAAAGUGGUGGUGGAUGAUCUCAGGAUGUUACGAAGACCUAGAGUCCUGGCCAUCAGUAAUGACAACCUUAUUUUAGUGAGGGAAGAUGGAAUCACUGAUGUAUAUUACCUAUAGGAUGUUAUUUGAUUACCAGGAAGUGAAUCAAGUGCCUGAACACACUUAACCCUCUUGAUGGCAAAAUGUUUGAGAGGGCCCAUUCAGGUGUGUUUAGAGGACACUGGAAUGGGCUUAGCUUUUUCCUAGUGUGAGAAGUCCCAUCCUGAAUCAGAAGCAGAGGAAACAGCUCCUACAAUCAAAUCAAAUACUGAAAGCUUUUUAAUGUGCCUAAUAAUGUUAGUGCCUAACCUUAGAACAGAGGUGUCAUACUUGUGGUCCUCCAGGCAUUUGGAACUUCCAACUCCCGGAGGUCCUAGCCAGCUUGUUUGAGGGUUUGGAAUUCUGGGAGCUGUAGUCCAAAACAACUGGAGGGUCACAAAUUUGACACCUCUGCCUUACAAUAUUGGCAGCAGAACAACAUUUUCAGUGAACUUUCAAUGGUGCAUUCACAGAACAUUUCUGAUCUCAUCUUUGCUUAGGCCUCUGGUGUCUGCUGCUUGAAUUCUUAUCUUGAAUUAGGAGCCUGGCUUCUAAGGAGUAGUGGACUACAUAUUCUUUCAAAUUUACAUUCCCAGUUUCUCUGUCAAUGCUGGUGAUGGCAGAAGCUGCAAAUAUUGGGUGGGCGGGGUACAAGCUGAUCUCAUCUUUAUUCCAUGAGCCAUAAAGUACUCAUUCUUUUUCCUCCUCUAUGUGUAAAUUCCAAGCAUUGGAAUUGGUGUUGUGGAAAUCUCAGCGCUGGCUUGGUGUUUACAGAAACUGCAUACUUAUGUUCCAUCUCUUAUGCCUGCAGUGAUGAUCCAGAGAAAACUGUGGCUUACUAAGGUGUUUGGUUUUAAUGCGGGAUGUGAUGGGACUUCAUAAUUUAAACAAUGCCUAAUGGAGAGGAAAUGUGUGCUGACAUUUGUAUUCCUUGCUGCAUUCUAGACAUUUUGUUUUUUGAAAUAAGGAUGUACAUUUUCACACAUGCGAAUCUCAUCUUUGCAUAGUCUCUGGGUGCACAUAUAAAUGCCACAUUUCUGCAGUUCUAUCCAUUUCUGUUGCUUAUAGAUUUCUAGCUUAGCAGCUAUUUCUAGCUUAGCAGCUAUUCUGAUUUUGGAGUUGACUCUUCAUGGGAACCUACUAAAGAGCUGAGACUACUUAUGAUGCCUUCUGGACUUGGAAAUAAGAGACUUAGAAUCUUAUUUGGGAAGACACACAAAUUAAAUAUCAUAUAAGAAGGGCUAUAUGUAUGUCCAGCCAAUGCUGAGAUUACAAUCUUUUUGCAGGCCAUCAUGGUAGAAAACUGUUUGGUGUACCUAGGGUUUCACUUGCAUGCCUUGAAAUGUCUUUGCAAUUUUUCUUAAAGCCAUGUGUGAAUUUGAAGAGCUAAAAAUUAUUUUUAUCUGCUAUAAAUUUUGUAAGGGACCUUUAGUUCUGCUUCUUCACUAGAAGUCAUGCAUUCCUCAUCUUUCCUUUAUUUCUCAUCUGACUUUCUGCUUCCGUAUUUUUCUUUUUUACCUCUCUUUUUCAUUAAAUUUCAGAAUGCCUAAUGAGUGCUGAAAUGGGAAAUUUGCCAGUUUAGUGUUCAAAAUGAAGAAAUAAAGCCCCCCUGUGUGUCA